AUGACUCCCAAGUUGCCACAUUUUGUGAGCUUUUGGCGGUAUCUCUUCGAAGUCAAUGCUCUGGAUGAGCUCGAAGAUGUCUGUACCGUGACUCUCCUGGCAGCGAAAGCGCUCAUAGACGAAGAACGGGCCACAAACAUCACUGCCUCCACGCUGUCAAUCCAGGCCAGCAUGUGCGAGAGCACAAGCAACGUUGAGAAAGCGAUUGAGCUCAAUAUGAAAGGAUAUGAAAUGCGUUUGGCCGAGAACCCGAUAAAAGGGGGGCUUCUAGGCGGCUUUGAACAAAAUCUGGCAUAUAAUUUCAAUACGGCAAAUCAGCACAAGGAAGCCGUAGAAUGGUUCAACAAGUCCAAAAAACGGUGGAUUGCUUGGAAUGUCCAAGAGGGCCGGGCGGCAGAUAGGCCAACGGUUACCAAAAAGAACACAGCAAGAUGCCUUUUCUAUCUCGGCAGAUAUCGGGAGGCGGAGAGCUUGGUCAAAGUUUCAAAGACAGAGUUCAGAAACGAAAAAGUUCUGAAUUGGGCGAUGCUUGCCUAUGCAUAUUUUGUUCACGGGACCAUCCAGCAAAAAACGGACAGGCUCGAAGCUGCAUCGGCCAGCUUUGUCGAGGCACAGAAACUUUGGAUGGGAGGUGACCAGACAAGAUUGCAUCCUUUCCCCGCAGGAUGCAUAUAUAAAACUGGCGUGGUCUAUCUUGCCCUGGGAAAAAUUGAAGUAGCAAUCAACCGUCUUCGAGAGGCCUUGGCCAUAACCAAGUUUCACGCCGAUCGCAUGCCCGCUGAGCAUGCACGACGUCUUUCCAAACUAUCCGAGGCUUUACUUCAAGGUUCUUGUGAUGAUGACGGAAAGGCCAAAGACCUGAGAGAUGAAGCCGAAGUGUUCCUCGUGCGCCGAGAUCCAGCUGAAACAGAUUUCGGUAGGGAGGAGAGCUACAACUCGCUGGUACCCAUUUUUUGGCGUUAA